GACUGAUUGGGGGUGCGCUUGGGACAUUCUUCACGGGCCCGCUCGGCCUCGUACGAGAUGCGAAUUGCGUGGCGGCCACGUCAGCUAGGCCUUGCGCGCCUCCGUUAGUAUAAAGCGUGGUGAAGCGGUGACCGGUAACUCGUCCAAGCAGAGCCACAGCGGACUCGUCGUUUGGUCCGACAUCUACGCAUUUGCUUAUACCUUGCGCACCCAUUCUAUAACUCUGCACGAUGUCUAGCCCAAUCGCCAUCCCCCGUCGCUCCUCGCCCGCCCGGUCUGCUGCCGCUGACUCGCCCGUGGGCUCGCCGACGGGACUGUACGUCCCAGUUCACAAGCGUUCAGCCUCGUCGUCACCCUCGACGUCGACGAUACGCUCCAACUCUCCUCCGCGCAGUCCCCGCGCGGCCGUGCAUCAACCGCUUACGAUUAUGCCGAUGGGCGCAAAGGUGCCCUUCGUGUACGACAUGAUCGAGUUGCUCGCUCUCUCCGCCUCGCCCCUCGUCGGCCUCUCCCCCUCCCAGCGUGAGCAUCUCGCGCAGCUCCUGCCAUUAACCGCACCGAACUCCGCUGCCUCUCCCAAGGAGAUGACUCCAAACCCGAACGCGAGUGCACGGCGUCGGCGCCCCGCGGCAGGUCGGCGCAGCACGAAUGCGAAGAAGCUCGCGAUGGAAGUGCAUACUGAUGUGGAGAGUCGCCGGAAGCGCCAUGGUCAGUUUGGGUGGCACGCCCAUGAGGCCGGCGAGGAGAGCUGGAGGCAUGUCGGUGCGCCUGUUGUAGGAGUGCCACAGGCGGCGUGACCUUGGCUGGAUGGCUGUGGCUAUGGAAAUUCUCAUUGGAAUGGACGGACGAUUCAUCAACGGUAUAGCAUGAUACUUAUUAAUCCUAAUGACCGGUAAUAUGUAACAGCUCAUCAUGUACAAUGUAUCAUUAUCACAAUGUAUUGAUCCACUCCGUGCGUUUACUACAAUGGGUUGACUCAUUAGAAGCAAGAAAUCUAGCA